AUGUCUUCGAGACGGGGCCCGUUAACGAACAACCCAAAUGUUGCCAAUUCGCCUCUGAGAGGUGCUUCCGCUCUGGCUGGAUAUGCUAAGCAGAAGCGUUCAUAUGCUACCGUUCAGCGUGAAGAAACCUAUGGCCAGCCGCCGCCUCUAAAGAAGCAGGUACUCGAUAAUGGCGUGCAGCGUCCGGUUCGAUCACCAACCCGGUCUACCAGGACUCAGGUUCUGGUUCAACGCGGCGCUACGCGUCCUUCUACCAAGGAAAGAACCUCGAGGGCUGCCCCGACAAAUGUCUCCCGUGAGGCCGACACCGAGAAGGAGGCAUGGAAGAAGCAUCACCGUGCCAAGUUUCCUAAAAUGGUCUUCUAUUUCGAGAGCAUACCCGAUGAUGUUCGUGCUAGACUAACAAAGAGGGUCAACUAUCUUGGUGCUAGACAAGAACCCUUCUUCUCCAUUGACGUUACCCACGUCGUCACGACUCGAACAAUCCCACCUGAAAGACAAGAGGCGCACCAAGACCAGAACCAAGGACACCAUGGGGAGCACAACGAGUCCGAAGAACAGCCUCAGACCAUCAAUCCAUCGUUACUAAACCGUAAUACCGAAGCUCGAAGAAAGCUACUGUCCGAGUUCCGCAAUGCACCUUCAAGGUCUCAACAGCUUGAUGAUCCUCUGAAGCGAACCCGAGGAUCAAAGAACAAUGACGUGCUGUACAAAGCUCGUGAGAUGGGCAAGAAGAUUUGGACACUGGAGAAGUUCCAAAACAUGCUUGCAGUCUUGCUUGAGGCUGAGACAAGCCAAAGCACGUACGGUUCAAGAUCAACAGCUGCUCGUGGUAAUUACGGUGCUUCAAGGGAGCCCAACCUGCUUCAGCUGUUGCACAAUGAACGUCUAAACGGACCAUCUGACCGCGAUCCUUCUGCUGUUCAUCGUGAAUUAUGCUAUUUCAAAGGACCUCACAUUUAUGUAUGGGAUAUGGACGAGAAGAACAAGCCCAUCAUGGUUCGAGAGUACCCCAAGGUUGCUAAUAAGGCAGAUGGUGAAUGGCCUCAGUUCCGAAGUGUAGGCAACGGCCGAUGCCCAUUUGUGGAGGACCAUGAUGUGCCUGAAAAGGAUCAUCGAAGACAACGAGAGCAGGAAAAGGCACGCCUUGCCAAGCGUGAGGAAGCUGCCCCUGUUCUCAAGCCCCCUCAGGUCCCAAUGCCUAAGCCGGUGACAGGAAAGCGAACCAUUGCUGAGAUGGAGGAUGGUCAGAGCAGAGCCCGUGCUGCGACACCGACUGAUAUCUUCAACCCCGCCAGGGCCACAAUGUCGAAAGCAGUGGAUGCCCGACCCCAGAACGCCUUUACAAGCCGUGCUGCUGCUGGCCGGCUUUUUGCCGGCGAGCCUGUGGCAUCUGGAGUGCAGCCUUCUAACAUCACCUCAGCCAUUCGAUCGCAGAUGAUCUCUUCGACAUCUGGUAUCAAUGGAGCAAAGGCUGGAACCAGUAAAGAGGUUCACGGCCUGCAGCGCAAGGUGUUGCAGAAGGCUGCCCCUGCUUCCUUCGACGUGAGCUCGCGCCGUCUUGCUGAGGUUUCAAUGGAUGUUGCAUCUAGCAGAUCAACAACGAUGGGCCGACACACUUCGCGACCUGCUGAGGUGCAAGAAGAGGAUACUCAAAAGACUGAGCGGAGGACACAGUCGCAACCUCUUAAGAGCAAGCGGGACCUCAAGCCUGGCUAUUGCGAGAACUGUCAGGACAAGUUCCGCGAUUUUGACGAGCACAUUCUAUCUCGCAAACACCGGAAGUUUGCUGAAAACGACGAAAACUGGACUGAGCUUGAUUCUCUCCUGUCACAAAUCAAGAGGAUGCCUAAGUACGCAUCCGGUUCUGACGAGGAGGAAGUCUGGUAA